CGAUGACUCGAAGGCUCGUCCGAAGCCACUGAGGGCACCGAGGGCGUGUGCCGCGGGUUGCGUUCAACCGCGUCCGCCUGCAGACCACGUGACUUUGGUCUCACAUUGCGGAGGACGAUCGACUGUGUUGCGAAGUGAGAGUGGCGAGUACGCGUACGUGCGGUCCCCGUGAGUAGCUCUGGAAGAAAAUUUUCAAGAAAAUAAUAAUUUACCUAAAAAAAUUGCGAAAAAUAUUUAAAUUUUCUCCGAUUUAAUUUUUGAAUAUAAUUCAAAUGUUGAAUUUGUCUUUGAAUUUUACAGUAAAUUUUCGUUUUAAAACCAGAGCAGGGACGUUGAUUUGAAACUCUUUGAAACUUUCGUGAACUUUCUCGAAGAGAGAAUUUUUUUUUUUAAUUUUUUUUCUCUCUCCACCGGGCCAAGAAGUUUUCGCGGUCAGUGAGUGCAUGAGCUCUUUGAGCGCAAGGACACCUUCUACUUCUUCUUCUUCUCUUCUCGCUCUUUGAAGCCGAGUUUGCGUUUGGGCCUCUUUGUGUCCGCUUAGCCUGAUUAAGGGCAGCGUUGGCGGCCUACGAGGACGAGGGUUACCUCGCGGGGGUGGACGAACUGAAUGGCGACGAUGACGACGACGAGGCGGCAUCGUCGCCGUCGCCCAGGGUCACCGUGACCGCCGCCCCCGAGGGGCCGCGCCGCGAGUACAAACUGAAGAAGGCGUGGGGCUGGUACAAGAUGCUGAAGAACGCCGAGGAGGCGGCCGCCGCCUCCGACGGCCCCCGCGAGAGCAAACAGUACAGGGUCAGCUUUCAGCAGCACCUGCAGGGCAUGUCGUCGCAGGCGCCGCUCAGGGCGCCGACGGGCAGGUCGCGCAGCAUGAGCGCCUGGAGUGACAUCAGCAGGGCCAGUUUUCGCAUGGACGAAAGAGUGCGGGUGGAAUACUACGUGAACGAGAAUACCUUUAAGGAGAGACUGCAACUCUAUUUUAUCAAGAAUCAACGCUCAAGUCUUCGUAUAAGAAUAGCGAACCUCUUUUUUAAGCUACUGACAUGCAUCCUGUACAUAGUGCGUGUAAUCACCGACUCGGACCCCAACUUUGCUGCGUGCUACGGCUGCACCCCGGGGAACAAAACACUUUACAUCCUCGCGAGCAACUUGACAGACGAAAAGUUCCAAGAAAAUCCAAUCAUCAACUGGGACGCAAUCCUCUGGGUCAACAGGCCGCUCGAGUUGUGGGUCGUGCAGGUCAUCCUUGCCAUGAUCAGCCUGGCCGAGGCUCUGCUGCUCGCCUAUCUCGGAUACAAGGGCAACAUUUGGCAGCAGCUGCUAUCCUUCCAUUUUAUACUAGAGCUUGUUAACACAAUUCCCUUCAUGCUUACGCUCCUAUGGCCACCCCUGCGCCAUUUGUUCAUCCCAGUUUUCCUCAACUGCUGGCUCGCGAAACACUCUUUGGAGAACAUGUUUAAUGAUCUGCACCGCGCCAUGCAAAAGUCCCAAUCGGCCCUAUCGCAGCAGCUGACGAUUCUUUCCGCCACGCUCCUCUGCCUAGUGUUCACAAGCGUGUGCGGCGUGCAGCAUUUCCAGCGGGCGGGUCACCGACAUCUCAACCUGUUCCAGUCCAUGUACUACGUGGUGGUCACCUUUUCCACCGUAGGCUACGGCGACUUCGUGCCCGACAUCUGGCCCUCGCAACUCUACAUGGUCAUCAUGAUCUGCGUCGCACUUAUUGUUCUGCCUACGCAAUUUGAGCAGCUGGCUUUCACGUGGAUGGAGCGGCAGAAGCUGGGCGGCUCGUAUUCCUCGCACAGGGCGCAGAGCGAGAAGCACGUGGUCGUGUGCAGCACCACCCUGCACGCGGACACCAUCAUGGACUUCCUCAACGAAUUCUACGCACAUCCCCUGCUUCAGGACUUUUACGUGGUGCUCCUGUCCCCGAUGGAGUUAGACACGACGAUGCGGAUGAUCUUGCAAGUACCAAUUUGGGCCCAGAGGGUGAUUUACAUCCAGGGCUCGUGCCUCAAGGACGCCGACCUGGCCAGGGCGCGCAUGAACGAGGCCGAAGCGUGUUUUGUUUUGGCGGCCAGAAAUUACGCUGACAAAACUGCAGCGGACGAACACACCAUCCUCCGUUCGUGGGCGGUGAAGGACUUCGCGCCGAAUGUGCCGCAGUACGUGCAGAUUUUCCGGCCGGAGAACAAACUGCACGUGAAAUUCGCCGAGCACGUUGUGUGCGAGGACGAGUUCAAAUACGCCCUUUUGGCCAACAACUGCACGUGUCCUGGCACCUCCACUCUGGUCACCCUUCUGCUCCACACCUCCAGAGGACAGGAGGGCCAAACGUCCCACGAGGAGUGGCACCGUCUCUACGGGAAAUGCUCAGGAAAUGAAAUCUACCACAUUGUGCUGGGUGACAGCAGGUUCUUCGGCGAGUAUGAGGGCAAAAGCUUCACCUACGCAAGUUUCCACUCGCACAGAAAGUACGGGGUGGCUUUGGUGGGGGUGCGACCGUCGGAGCUGCCCGAGUUCUACGAGGAGACCAUCCUGCUGAACCCGGGGCCGCGGCACAUCAUGAAGAAGACGGACACGUGCUUCUACCUGAGCAUCACCAAAGAGGAGAACUCUGCGUUCAUCGUGGCCAACAACGCGACCUCGCCCGAAAAGGAGCAGGUGGCCGGGGCUGUGCCCGGCAGUGCUGCAGGCUGUGAGGCGGGUGCGGGCGCCGACAAGUCCCUGCAACAAACCGCCAACUCAAUUAUGACUACCAUUACGGAUGCGAGUGUUUGUGAUUCUUUUGAGCAACUUCAAGAAACUCCCAUUGGACCAAAUCACUUAGGACUUCCAGUCGUAGACAAUAAUCCUAACUUUUUAAGUCCGGACACCUUAAGCCAAAGAAGAGGCAGUAGACGACCUAGUAUUUUACCUGUACCAGACAUGGUGACGAGUUCGACCCUGAACAUCUCGACAGGCCCUCAGGACGAACCUGACGAAAGUGAAGACGAGCUGGACGACGACGUCCCUUGGAGGUCGCCGAGCGAGAAAAUCACAUGGUUUGGUCACGAUCUCGGAGACGAUGAUGUCUUCGAAGACGAGGAAACCGCCAACGAAGACGAAGAGAAGCCAAUCUGGCAUGACGAGUACAAGAGUAUUGUGAAAGGCUUUCCGCCAGUUUCUCCGUACAUCGGGGUGAGUCCGACGCUGUGUUACCUUCUCAAAGAGAAGAAGCCGCUGUGCUGUUUGCAGCUGGCGCAGAUUUGCGAGCACUGCAGCUAUAGAAACGCCAAGGAGUACAACUGGCAGAACCAGACGGUGAUUUUGGCCGCCGACUACGCGUCCAACGGCAUCUACAACUUCAUCAUCCCCCUGAGGGCGCACUUCAGACAAAAAACCUCCCUCAACCCGAUCAUCCUGCUGCUCGAACGCCGUCCCGACAUUGCCUUUUUGGACGCAAUCUCAUACUUUCCUCUAGUCUAUUGGAUGCUCGGAUCAAUUGACUGCCUGGAUGAUUUGCUGCGGGCCGGCAUUACCUUGGCUGAAAAUGUGGUUGUGGUGAACAAAGAGCUGUCCAACUCUGCAGAAGAGGAUACCCUUGCUGACUGCAACACAAUUGUGGCUGUGCAGACAAUGUUCAAGUUCUUCCCAAGCAUCAAAAGCAUCACGGAGCUGUCGCAGAGUUCCAACAUGAGAUUCAUGCAGUUCCGGGCGCACGACAAGUACGCGCUUCACCUCUCCAAAAUGGAAAAGGUAUUGAAGGGCAGCCAGCUAGUCCCAAGCCAGCUCCUCACGCCAGAUGACGCUGCUGGUUACAGGCAAGAGAAGGAGAGGGGCUCGCACAUUUCCUACAUGUUCCGACUUCCGUUCGCCGCCGGCUCCGUCUUCAGCGCCAGCAUGCUGGACACUCUGCUGUACCAGGCCUUCGUCAAGGACUACGUCAUCACUUUUGUCCGCCUCUUGCUCGGCGUCGAUCAAGCUCCUGGCUCUGGAUUUCUCGCUUCGAUGAAAAUCACAAAAGAAGACAUGUGGAUCCGGACGUACGGCCGCUUGUACCAGAAACUUUGCUCCACCACCUGUGAGGUGCCCAUCGGCAUCUACCGGACCCAAGACACUUCCCUUUGUGACACCAAUUCUCAGGCCCAUCCGCGAUUCAUGAAAUUGCUCAUUGAUCAUUGGCACGACCUGAGCCAUAAAUUCAAACACCACAACAAGUUCGGAGAUGACGAAGCAAACGGUGGCGGCCAACAACAGCCCACUUCCGGUGAACAAGGGGUCGGAACGUCUUACAAGCCGGCAAAGAGCGAAAAAGGCGGUGCAGGCGCUUACUGCCUUGGCUGCACUUACGACCGGGGGUCCUCGGAGGAUGUCUCCUUGCUGAUGUCUCAGUAUUCUGUCAACCUGGUCGAUGAGGCGCGCGACAACCACACGCAGAUGAUCGAGCGCGCCGAGAUCGCCAACCUGGUGCGCUCGCGCAUGGAGUCGCUCAACCUGUCCGGCAUCGACUACAUGGACGUCAGCGAGAAGAGGAACAGCCUCUCGUACGUCAUCAUCAACCCCAGCUGCGACCUCAAACUCGAGGAGGGAGAUAUCAUCUACCUGAUCCGGCCGAGUCCGUUUUCGGCGCAGAAGACGUUCGAGCGGCACAACAGCCGGCGCAAGUCCAACAUCAGCUUCUGCGGCCCACCCCCGGGCGGGAGCACGAUCGGCGCCCCCGUGUUUCCGUCGCGGGCGCCGCCGCUGGGGUCCAAGUCGAAUUCGCUGUCGCUGCCGGAGAGUCCGACGCUGCAGCCGUCGCGGCUGUGCCGCAGCCGCUCCAACUCGCUGCGCAUCACCGACGACAUCCUGCUGCGAAGGUCCAACUCGCUGCGCCAGGGCCUGUCGACGGCCGGCCUGGCGCGACAGCAGCGCCGCAAGAGCAGCCUCGAGGACGUGGGGCUGGCGCUGCUGCGGCCGCCGGCGCCGAAAAUCGCGCUCAACGGCAGCAUCGGCCUGGAGGUGACGCCGCCGGACGACUCGGAGCAGCAGUUCGCGUCGUCGUCGCGCUCGCUGGCCGAACCGUCCAACUACGCGGGCGGCGACCCGCAACACCUGCAGGGCACGAUUGUAUGAUAUCACCUCAUGUGGGGGCGGCGCAGAAGUGGCACAGCGCAACGGAGCCUCUGGCUCUGAACGCAUUUCACUUGUAGCUCUCACAUCGUCUCAUUGCUGUUCACCCACUCGAUGUUGCGCCCCUAGGAUCACACUCUAGACUUCCUUUUCGACAUUUAAUUGUAAUAUAUCCGAAUCUAGCCGCCGUACUCGUGUACAUACAUUUUGCGAACUGCUUUUCGAUCAAAGGGAAAAUCAUAAUAAUAUUUGUUGUUGAAAGGAAAUUCAUUCUAGCUGAAUCGAACAAGUGCUUCUUGAUGCCUGGUAUUUUCUGAAAUUCGCGGCGAAAAUUUUGCAAAUAUCUCCCUUGUGAAUUUUAGUAUUUUGGAAAAUGACAAAACCAUUUAAUGAAAAUAGGAAAAAUAGAUUAGAUCAAAAUUUUCACCUUCAUAAUACAAUUUUGAUUCAAAUCCGAGAUUUUGGAAUUACCUGAUUGAUGAAAAAUCACAAAUUUCAAUUAUUUGAGUAAAUUACAACCUAUUUUGGAAUUAUCCGCUUUCAAUUAACAAUUUCAAGUUAAAAAAUUUCACCUAUCUAUAAUUAAUUUUUCCAUUAUUUUCAUUACAAUCGCCUAUUUCAAACACUAUUUUCCAAUCUGAAGAAAAUCAUUUAUAACUUCACAAAAAAAUACCCCAUAUUUUUCUUUCACCUCUACUAUUUUCAAUCAUAAUUGACUUUUGAUUAAAUUUGGAUGACAUUUUUACUAAAAUUCACAAUACAAAAAAUCUAAAAUCGAUGACCAAAACUUUUCAAAUCAUAGCAUUGCCAUCUCCUCAUUAGGAAAUCGCAUUGUCUCAUAUUUAAAAAAUCUGACGAAAAUGUUGAAAAAAAAAUACAAAAUCUAGAAAACUAACAGGCAAACACACAUAUUAUGACUGGUUCCGUAUUUUUAUAAACGUCUCUCGCAUGUGAACUGGUGAUUUUGUGUGAGCCUGGGAAUUGAAAAAAAAAUCAAAAUCAUAAAUAUAUUGAAAUUUACUUUUAUGCCAAAAAUACAGAAUGCUGGUCCAAAGAUCAAUUAUCAGAUGCGAAAGAUCGUCGAAGUGCAGAGUUUUUGAGGGAGUGUCGUGUUGUUUGGCAAUCAAAAUUGUUACAAAAAAAAUCCUGCAGUGCAUCUUGAGACUGAUAUAUCAGUGACUAAUUCGUUUAUCUGUGAUUUGUAUCUCUGUUAUUGGCUGGAAACCGCCGCUGUAAUCUUUUUGUCAGAAGCUCUCUCCGUUUGCUGACACAAGAGAUGAGACGAAAAAAAAUUAUUAUAAAAUGUUGUCAUCGACCUGGAGUGUGUAAUGUACUCUCUUUUUCCCAAUUAAAACAGUUGGAUAAAUCUUGGACAUUUCGAAAAGCUUUAGAUUUGUGAUGACGUCAGAUUAUAGUAAAAAGAUCAAUUAAUUGAGAAGAGAAAAAUACAUUGAAUCAUAUAAUUAUUAUAUAAUAAAAUGAAUAUGGAAUCGCCUUUCUAGAAUGGGGAAGUAGCUCUUCGUAAUUUCUAUUUAAUAAGAAAAUACACUAGUGAAGACGCAGCAUAAUAUCCAUUAAUUACCUACCAAUGACGAGGCAUUGCAUUAUUUGCUCCUGCUUUAUUAAAUUUAUAAAGCAAGAGACUAACGAGAUUUAUUAUUAAAAAUAGUAUUUAUACUAAUAGACAUCUAACAAUACUGAAAGAAAUUUUGCUUGUUCACAAAAGUGGUUGCAUAUUCCUAGGGAUAAAAAGUAAGUGAUAUAAAAAGCAUCUUAUUAAAAACUAAUUGUUAUUGUAUAGGAUAAUAAUUAUUCCAACUUAAAAUAAUUGGGUUUCCUAAGAUCUGAAAACUUUAUUGCAAUCAUUAGUUUAUUAGAACUUGAGCCAUCAAAAACAGUAGAAACUGUCUAGAUCAAUUAAAAAAAAAUCGCUCAAUGCAAUCAAGUCUAAAUUAAUUCUUUUAUUAAAAUUAAGGCGCAAUUUUAAAUUUUAAUCAAAGAAGCUCUCUUUAAUUUUCACCACGCCACUAUUAAUGCAUAUUUUACAUAUCAUUCUUUAUACAGCUGGACUAAAUUUGAAUAUAAAUCGCGUUGUACAUAACCUGAGGUUGGAUGCGCAAGCGGCAUUUGUGUCACUUUUAUCCCAUAUAUUGUAUCAUUAAAAAAAAAAUUGUAUUUCUCUCGUAUAGAUACGUGUGUGUUUUCAUUGAUCCAGAUAAUUAUCAAAAAGUUUAAACACAAAUGCAAGGUAACUUUAUGCUUUAAGUGAGAAGGAAAAAUCUUGUUUUCUAAUUAGAAAUCAAGUCGCAGUUCGGGAGAGACUAUCUUUAUCAGCAGAUUCGCAACAAACACACAAAUCGAUCAAAUGCUAUAUUUUUGUAAUCGCGCCUUGUUGGGAUGAAAAGCUCUCCCGCUUUUUGAGUGUGUCAAUAUUACACGCACAGAACCAAAAAUCCACUUAAAUGCCAGCGACACUAAUCUGGCGCUUUUCUGCGUAAUCUUGUGUAAAUAAGAAAAUUAUCAAAAAACAGUUAUGUACUCAUCAAAAGUUUAAUAUCAAGUGAUUAAUAAAAACUAUAAAUGAAAUUAUGCAUUUGAAUAUUGAGAGCAGAGUUCUUUUAAUUGUUCUGACGUGAAAAUGAAAGGAAUUGUGAAUAUAUUUAUAAUUUGUUGACGGCUUUUGUUACUCAAGUAGCGUGGAACGUGCAAAAAAAAGCGAACCACGCCUUUGCCAUUUUUUUGAUUAGCGACUCCCUUUGAUAAGCCAUUUGUGACGUGGCGCCAAACCUUUUUUGGUAUAAAUAUUAUAAUGAGCGCGAAAUUGUAUAUUGAGUGAUUUAAAGUCGUGCAUGAAUAAAAUCUAUUAUUAACUUUGAAAGCAGCAUAUG